CAGUUAUCAACACUGCGGUCUGGCCCCAAUUUCUCGCGACGGACUUAAUACAUUAUUUUGUUCUUAGUUUUAAUAUAAUAUUGUUGAUAGGAAUAAAAAGAAGAAAAUGACUUGCGGUCUCUGCUUUGACCAGGGGGAUGCCGGUAGUACAGUCAAAUGCCUCUUGAACGCUUUGGAGUCCAUUAAGGCUCAUGUCUUGAUGCUGCAGAAAACAUCUUCCAAUGAUGCCAAGACCAUAAGCGAUUUGCAAACGCGCAAUGAGAAACUUCACAAAGCCUUGGAGCUCAGACAGAAAGAAAUAGACUCAAGGAUUAAUCCCAACAUUCAUGUCGACAAGAAAAUGAAAUUUUCACCAAUUAAGAAGACUGAUUCUCCAUUGCCACAAAGUCAAAACUCAUUGAACAUGAAUAUAGCCAUAAAUAGUUUCGAAAUAUCUCCAUCUGAUGAUGAGUUGAUUGAAGACGAGGAUGAAACCAUUGCAGAGACUGAAAGUGCUACCAAACGUACACCCCGCAAACUUUGCCGCAAGUUGGAUGUGAAAAAUGUUGAGAAUGUGCAACCCGCGAUUAAUUGGAUGGGGAAGACACCAAAUAGUCAAUCCCUGAACAAGUUAUCCUUGACGCGGCGCAGUUCCAAGCUUAAGCAAACACGAUUACAAUUCCAGCCCGAUAAGCAAAGUCAGCAGGAGGUAAUAGUGGAAAGUCCUAAUCUAUUUACGUCUCUGAAACAGGCCAAGCAAUCACAAACACGUUCUCUGCUUCAAAAAAACGUCAAAGACAUCGACUUCGCCUUCAACAACGACAGCAGCAACAGCAGCAACAACAACAACAACAACAGCAGGAGCAACGAAAACAGUAUCAUUAAGACGACGGGUCAACAACCAUAUUUUGAUCUGGAGAAGGUUGAUGAGGAUGAACUGCUGCAACUGUCUGAGCAAUCCAUGUUACCGCCACCUGCAACAUUGCCAACGAUAAAAACAAGCAACACUACCUCAGACAGUUUGAUCCUAUUGACUCCCUCUAGCCAGGACAUCGUCUUCUUAGACGACAGCUCUGAUGACAUUAGUAAUUUGGGGACAAUGGACCUUAUGGCCGAGGUUAUGAAAGAAGAUCAAACAAAGGCCUUAGAAUUGUAUGAGCAGCGUAUGAUUCAGCAACAAAAACAUAAAACAUCAACUGCUACAAAUAUACUUGCUCGUCCUUCAACACAAACAUGUGUCAAGGAGGAACCGCAAUCACAGACUGGCCCAGAUGCGGGAAAUGAGUCGACCAAACUGCCUGAAGAGAUUGAGAGAUACAUCGCGGAUGAUGUAAAAGAGGAGGAAAAAGCCAAUGAAUCUGCUGAAAUGGUAGAGGAACCGUUUCCUCGUCCACAGGUGAUCAAGCAGGAAAAGGAAUUGACCCUAAAAGAAAAAUAUAACAUCGAAUGCGAGGAAUGUGAAAAGCUUAUCAAUUUUAUGGGUGCCAAUUUGAAUGAAGAGAAAAUACGAGGAUAUCUAAGCAGAUGUCGUCAUCAGAAUAAUGCACCUUUGACUCCGCCUGGCUUUUGGAAUCCCCUAAUGGUAUCCUUGGCCCCAGACGAUCCUCGUAAUGAAGUUUUGAUAGACACACGAUUCAAAUCAAAGGACCAACCACAUAAACAGCAAAAAUCAAAAAAAUAAAAAUGCUGCUGCUAUAUCAAUUUAUUUUGCAUAUCGUCGAAAUAAUAAUUUACAAAUUUCCACGUUUGGCCUGUUCAAUUUCAAUGGCCGUAAAUAAGGACUUGAAGUUGCCGGCACCAAAGCCCUGAAAAAAAUAAUUUGUUAAUGUUUUAAGUUUUAGGAAUAAAUAAUAGGUAUAUAAAUAUUGCAAUUUAGCUAAACUUA